UAAGUAAAGUAUUGUGCCGAGUUUUCUUAAAGAGCAAUUUAAUCGUAAUUAUUUUAUCAAGCAAUAAACUGAAUAAGGCGAUUGCUUAACAUGAUGAUCAUAGUGAAGACGACGUAGAUUUUCUUUGCCAUAAGUAUCCAGGGAAUUUCAAGACAGAUGCUGGAUUUCUUGGGAACUGAAAAAGUAAAUGAGGAAAAUUCAGUGUUCUGUCAUGUUUCAGUCCAGAACCUAUUGAGACAGUUGGAGAAAAUAUGAUGUAAUGUAACAGAACAGCAAAUUUUUAUGUGUGACUGGACACAAUGUUAACUUGUUCUUCUUCUAAAACUGUACAUGGAGCAUCGUCGUACCAGUGAAACUCAUUUAAAACCUAACAUCAUCUAUAGAGACAAAUGGAGAAAAAAUUAUAUAAUGUAACAGAACUGAAUUUGCAUGCACAUUUGGAGCCAAUAUUGCAUCAUUUAAGUGAAUGCAAUCUUUGUGCAUAAUUAAAGGCAACUUAAAUCAGUUAACAUAACAUAAUCUAUAGAGACGGUUGGUGCCAAUGUUAACACAAUCUAUAUGAACAACAGAAGACAAAUUUAAGUUAUUUAAUGGAACAUAAUCUUGAGGCAAAGAAAAACAGUGUUUUGUCAUAUAUAGAACAGAUGCUAUUGGAGCUGUUGGAAACAAUGUCCAUGGUAACAUUGGGCAGACUCUAAAGAAGCAGUGCUGAGACAGAAAGAAAAUUGAAGAAUUUAUUUAUUUAUGAAUGAAUGAUAAUUCUAUGAUAAAAAACAAGUAGUGUUUAAGUUACUGUUAAGCACUGCUCACUCUAUUUGCAUAUUUAAUUAAGUGGAAGAAUUAUACAUGAUUUUACUAGAUGGAUAUGUAAGUGAACUCACGAAAUAAAACUUACCAGUUAGCAGUUUAUUUUUUGACAAGAAAACCAUGGAGGCAAAACAUAUUGAAAAACACACCAAUACUGGGCCUUCUGUGCUUCCAUACAUGUGUGAAAUGUGCAAAACAUCAUUUCCAGGCAAAGACGCAUUGGAGACGCACAAGUGUGUUCAUCAAAAUGCUUCUCUUCAAAUUCAGUGUGAAAUAUGCAAAGUAUAUUUUUCAAACGAAGGAAAAUUUGAGGCACACAUGUUUGUUUAUCAUGAUGUUUAUCUUAAACAUCAGUGUGGAGUAUGCAAAUUAUAUUUUUCAACUGCUAAAAAGUUAAGGAUACACGCCUGUCACAAGCUUUUUCAUCAAAAGUCUUAUUUUCAGCAUACGUGUGAAUUAUGCAAAGAAUGUUUUUCAACUGGAGAAGAUUUAGAGAUACACAUGGCUGUCCAUCGAAAUUCAUUUCUUCAAUAUGAGUGUGAAAUAUGCAAAGCAAAUUUUAACAGCAUUAAAAGAUUAGCGAUGCACAAGCGUGUUCAUCAAGCAGAUGUCCUUCAAUAUGAAUGUCAAGUAUGCAAGGCUAAUUUUUCCGAUGAAGAUGCCUUAGAAAAACACAAGGCUGUUCAUCAAGCAUCUACUCUUCAGUAUGAGUGCAAGAUAUGUAAAAUAUCAUUUACACACAAAGAAACAUUAGAAACACACGAACGUUUUCUUCAUAAUAGUCUGCUGCCAUACGUGUGUGAGAUAUGCAAAACAUCUUUUUCGAAUAUAGACUCAUUAGAUAAGCACAUAAAUAUUCAUAAUUCUGAUGAACUUCCUUACUCAUUUGAAAAACGAAAAGAAUCAUCUACAAACAAGGCAACAAAUGCUUGCAAAGAAUCAUCUUCAAACAAGGAAAGAGAUGCAUGCAGUCGUGUUCAACAACAGUUUGAGCGUGAAAUUUGCAACAACUCUUUUUCAAGCAAUUAUACUUUGGAGACACACGAACAACAGUACCAUACUACAGUUCUUCAAUACAGAUGCAAGGAAUGCAAAACAUCCUUUACACAGAAAGAAGCGUUAGACAAACACUUGAGUAUUCAUGGAGAGGAACCUGUAAACCAGUGCAAACUGUGCAAGAAAUAUUUCUCACAACUUGGAGAUUUUAAUACUCAUAUGCUUACUCAUACUAAUGAGCGACCCUUUCAGUGUGAUCUGUGUUUUAAAAAGUUUACCUCAGAUAGACAGCUUGUACUACAUACGCGAAUCCAUACUGGAGAAGGAUUAUACGAGUGUAAAGUUUGCAUGAGAACCUUUACGAUGUUUUACGAAUUAGAGAGACAUAUGAGUAUUCAUAAGAAGCGUCCGUUUAAUUGUGAGUUGUGCUUAAAGGCAUUUACUCAAGAAGAACAAUUAAGGAGACUUGUUCAUGUUGAGAAACUUAACAAAUGUGAAAUAUGCAUAAAAAAAUUCAAAAACUCAUCAGAUUUAACUAAACAAACGGGUGUUCAUUACCAGAGUAAACAAUUUAGUGGAUUUUUUGAAAACAAUGACAAACUAAAAAUCCAUUCUAAUGAAAAUAAUUUCCAGCGUAAAAUAGGUUCUACGUCUUAUAAAAGCAAUGCAAAUUUAAAAGUCAAUGAACUUCUUCAAUCUAGUGUAGGAAAUUAUCAACAAUGUGACAUAUGUAAGAUUUCAUUCCAGAGUAAAAGAUACUUACACCAACACCAGCGCAUUCAUUUUGGUAUUGGACAACAUAAAUGUGACCUGUGCGGAUUAACUUUCCUGGUUGCGUCGCAUUUAGAGGAACACAGGUGUAUACAUCGGAAAGAAAGAUGUGUAUCUUCACAAACACCAUACUGAUGUCUGUUUUUAUUACUUAGACUUUUCGAAGAAAAGGUGAAGCUAUUGCACUUGCCCCGGUGUCGGCGUCGCCGGUGGUUGAAGUUUUUGAUAAAGUCAAUAUAGCUCUGUUGUUGUUAAAGCUAUUGACUUGAAACUUAAAAUGGUUAUUAUACUAUCAAAGACUGCACCAGGAGAAACAGUCCUCAUAACACUGAUGCUGACAAAGUUAAGUUAUGCCCCUUUUUAACUUUUUUUGGUUAAAGUUUUAUAAAGUUUUUACUUUCAAAGCUCAAAUUUAGAGUCAAGCACUGAGGAAAAUCGAGUGCUCUGUCUUGUUAAUGUGACAUUUUAGCUGUUGAAUCUAUCAAAUUUAAAAGUCCUCCAGCAAAUUAUGUUUCGUAACAAUAAAAUAGGGUUAUUAUACAUAUAAUAGUAGAUGUGUUUAGAUAUGUAAUUCUAGAAUCUGAUUCCAGAGGUAUAGAUCUGCAUCUCUAGACAAGCCUGAUUAUCUAGGAACAUAGCUUGAUUCUCUUUGUCCAGAUACCACCAGUUUGUCUUACCAAUGCAAGUUCUAUUCUGCAUGAUCCAUUUGGUGUUCCUUAGUUAUUAACGUUUAGAAAGAAAAUGGAAUUAAUUAAGUGAUUAUUGCUAUCUAUGAACCACUUAGGUUCAGCUAUAAAUGAAUGUCAAGUCUUUUUUUAUACGCCCGAAGGGGCGUUUUAUGUUAUGACACCGGUAUCCGUUCGUCCGUUAGCAAUUUCAUGUCCGCUCUAUAACUCUUGAAAACCUUGAAGGAUUUCAUAGACACUUGGCACAAAUGUUCACCACAUCGAGACGACGUGCAGAGCGCGUGUUUCGGAUGGCUUGCUUCGAGGUCAAGGUCACACUUUGGGUCCAAGAUCAUAUGACUUCGUUUCGUGUCUGCUAUGUAACUCUUGAACUGCUUGAAGGAUUUUAAAGAAACUUCCCACAAAUGUUCAAUUCCAAUUUUUCAGGUGUAUUGUGACAUAUCUGUAGCUGGUAAGGUUUUUUGGGACGUAGAAUUUUUUAUCUGUUGACUUCGAUUUUUUUGUUGAAUUUUACCCUUUGUUCUUCCUGUCCUUUGGGUUUCAACAGUAAAGUGCUUUAAAUUUUGCUCCCAACCUCCUCUGAUAUAAUACAUAUAACCCUUCGGGGGCGUAUAUUGCCCCGCUAGGCGGAGCUCUUGUUGAUAAUUCAUUUGCAUCUAUAUUAAAAAUAAACUAAAAAUAACCUACAUCACUUGAAAAAAAAAUGCUUUCAACACGCAUUGACAGCGCCAUACAAACAUAAUUAGAGGUAGGGAUAUAAGACAUUUCCUUCUUGUAGGAAUGUUUAGGUAAUGGACCCUUAAAAUUUUUGAGCAAUAUUCGUAUGUCUUUUCAGCAUUCUUUGGUUAUUACGAAUGAAAUAUGUUCUGUUAGAACCAAAGGAU